AAAGUAGAUCGCAGAUCACGCACAACAUGGCGAAGAUCAGCCUCUCCCUGUGAUGUGAAGAUCUGUUAGAAUGAUUUUUCCGAUUUUUCACAAACAUUGGACUGUUUCUAAAUUGGAUUAAAUUAAAAAUGCAUUCAGAAGUAUCUCACUUCUUGUAUUUAAAACGUGUAUCGCUUUAACUUGAUAUGAAAAUGGAUGAAUACACCCGUAAAAUUCUUGUACGCGUUGUGGGACAAGUAUGCAGCCAACUAGGAUGGCACUCAAUCCACCAAACGCCGCUGGACAUAAUGGUGGAUCUGCUGCACCGGCAAUUGCAGCAGAUCUGCGUGCAGACCCACCGUUACUCUGAACAAUUUAACCAGUCACAACCGAAUCUGGAUCAUCUAGGCUUGGCCAUGCAGGAUCUUGGCAUUCGUCUGUCCGAGUUGGAGGACUUUGUGCGGAACGUGGAGAGUAGCCCGCUGCCAAACCAAGUGCCAAAGUAUCCGCUCCCUAAGGAGAGCCACCUCAACUUCUUAAAGCCUGGCAGCAAUGAAGUUGUGCAUCGACCAGUGCAUGUCCACGAGCAUCUACCACCCAUGCACCCUGACCUGGAGGAAAACAACCAGGCUGUGGCUUUGACUGGAGAUGCGUCUGCAGCUGGCGAUGCAAACAAUGGGGCUCCCUCAUCUCCUUCCAACCCUAACUCUCCUGCCUUCAAAAGGCCAACUGACCUGCUAGAGACCCCUGCUAUGAAGAGAGUCAGGAUGGCCAUGGAGGAGGAAGGUGGCCGAACUCUUCGGGAGAUUAGCAGCGUCAUUAUGACAACCUCUGGGUUCCUUUCACCUGCCAUUGAAGGCAAGCUACCCGAAUCAAAGCCACCAUCAAUACCUAGCGAGUUCUUGGACCAGCCAAAGCCCGUUCCGCCUCCUGUGGUGCCUGCCACGUCUUCAUCAAAGGAUAAAAAGAAGCUUGCUGCAAACAAAACUCCACCGAUUGCUGCAAAGAAAAAGGAUACGGCAUCCAAAAGGAAGCUAGAAACACCUAAACCGCCUAUACCCAAGGUGGAGAAAAAAGAGGAACAUCUGCCUCCUCCUCCUAAAAAGAAGAAGCAGGUUCCGCCGACCAUGAAGGAGUUGGAUAAGCUGAAGGCGCUUAAGCAGAUUACAGUGCGGAAGCUUCCUCCAGCGCCAAUGCCCAUGGAAAAACUUCCCGUUGAUCCUGACAAGCAGAAACUCAACAUCUUCAAAAAGAUUCCCAAGGUGAAAGAGGAUAUGCUCAAGAGCUCAAGGGAGAGCUCACCCAACCUUACCAUCACAGAGGUGCCUCAGCCUCCCCCUCAACCCAGACAUGAAGAGGCACGGCGGUUAGCCAACAUUGACAGCGUCAUUGACUCAGUGAUCUCAGAGCCAAAGAUUGAGAUGAUAGUGGAAGAGGAGGUAAUCUUUUCUGAUACAUUCUCCCCACCGAGCACCCCAUCAGCUCCAAAAACGCCUGAAAUCCUGUCUAAGGCUGACCGCUUGGCGGAGAAGCGGCGGAAGCGGGAGAAGCAGAAGCAAAAGAGCAAAGCGACACCGAUUAUGGUUGAGGAUCCCUUGGACGAUGACAUCAUUGAGGAGCCAAUUGAGCGGCCCAGAACGCCCCAAGCGCUCAUUCCGCCCUCAGUCUUCCCAUUCAUGUCUCGCUUCCCUGCACCAGGGUUGAUUCCACCUCCCCCUAUGACGUCGCCCUUGCUCGCGGGGCUCCCUUUCCCUGGCAAGGAGGGACCGCCGGUGCACCCUGCGAUGCCGAACUUGCCACUGCCGCCGCCCAUGUUUAUGCAGCAGAAGAAUGAGUUGGAUAUCCUUGAGCCCUCCACCUCAGCAGUGACGGAGGAGGUUGUGGAAGUUGAGGUUGAGAAAGUAAAGGAGCAUAAAAAGGAGAAGAAGGAGGAAAAGAAGGUAAAAAAGAAGAAGGACAAAAAGGAUAAAAACAAGAGCAAAGAGAAGGGCGAGAAAAAGAGGGAGGAGAAAAAGGAAAAGAUUAAGGAGAAGAAGGACAAGAAAGAGAAGAAGAAAGAUCGCGAGAAAAUAGUGCUCAAAAUUUCGAAGCUAAAGCAAAAAAGGGACGAAAGAGCAGAGACUAGCUCACCAGCUGUUCCUAAAAUUACACUCAAAUUUGGGCCACCGUCGCCUAGACCACCAACGCCAGAUGCUCCGCGGAAAUUGGUAAUUAAGCCGGUUGUGGAGCCAGAGCCAGAAAAUCCGCCUGAGCUGGCUAAAUUCGCUGCACUAAUAACGCGACCGCCAAAGCCCAAGAUCAAAGAGCCAGAGCCAGUGAAGAGGCCGGCGCCAGUAGCACCUGUGGCGGCCGAGACGGUCGCCUUCUAUCACCAUGACGGCGGCCAGAAAAAGUCAAGCGCGAGCAAGUCAUCUUCGGGCGACAUAUCGAAGUUUCUCAUGGAUGCUACAGGGAACAAAGUGUGGAUAUGUCCUGCGUGCGUAGGUCCUGAUGAUGGCACUCCAAUGAUAGGAUGCGAUGGCUGUGACGCUUGGUACCACUGGGCAUGCGUGGGAAUUCAGGUUCCGCCUGAUGAGGAUGUUGACUGGUACUGUCAGAAGUGCAUUGCCAGGAAGAUGAGUAGUAUGUCUGAUAAGAAAAAGAAGAAAAACAAGAAAAAGGCGUAAAAUGUUUGAAAACGUCGCUUGGUGUGUAUAUUUUCAUGAUUUGACAGUAUACUCAAUGUUAUCAGCAGAAAUGUUUCCUCACUGUGUUUGAUUGUUAUUGCAAUUUUAAACUUUUGACUUUUUGAUUAUCGAUAUACCAAUAGUUGGACUCGCUUUUAAAAUGUUCACGAAUCAUUUUAAAGUAUUUAGUUCUCGCAGCCAGAAAAAUGCCAUCACCAUCGGUUCCAGUGCUAAAUUUUGCUAUGCGAUAAAAUUGUAUGGCUAGUAUGCUCGUAGUCGAAGGGUCUGGUUUCCUUUUAUAUCCGGUUCGACAAUGUUUUGUUGGCUAGUAAUGGUUGUUGCAGGCGUGGAAAUAACUGUUCAAUAGAACUCCUUUCUCUGACAAUUACAAAAAUUUAUAACUUAUAAGUUUCUAUGACCUUCAGCAUCUGAAAAAUGAUUUUAAAUGUUUACAAUAAAUUGCAAUUUGUCACAUUCCCAAAUGAAA